AUGGUAAUUUAAGAAAAAGUAAAAAAAGUAUAAAAAAAUAUAAAAAUAUUUAAAAAAGAAAUAUCUAAUAAAAACUAAAUCAAAGUAAUUUGCAAAAAUAAUCAAAGAAAAUCAAUUGAGUAAAAUUUAAUCCUAAACCUCUUAGGAUGAUAAGGAAGUAUAAACCAUUGUUAUUUAUUGACCUUGAUAUUUUGAUCACUAGCUAAAUUAUGAAUUAUAUUCUUCCUCAGUUUUCAGAUGAAAGAAGACUUAGAGUCUACUUUAAUAAUCUAAUAAACAAAUCAUCAUAAAUAAUUUCCUUUCGUCAAAAUGCUUUAGAUUUAACUAAGUAAUCUGGAAAAAUUCAAAGUUAAUAUUAAUUAACAGAAGUUAAAUUUAAGCAUUAUUCAUCAUACUACCUUUUAAUAAUAAUAUGUCCUAAAAUAAAUAGCAUCAUUUGGUACUAUAGAAGGUAUAUAAAAAUGAUGCUCACCAUUUACACUGAAAUAUUUGAAAAGAAUUUUUUAUCAAAAUAUUCACAAUUCAAUUCAACAUCCUCCUCCGAGCAACUAGGCUCGACAAGAUUAAUGGGGGCUUCAUCCCAAAAUCUCACAACUGUCNCGUUUAUGGGAUGUUAAGACAGGAUAAUAAAAAGCCAAAUUAGAUGGUCAUUCUAGUGCAGUUAAUUCAAUUUGUUACUCUCCUGAUGGUAUUACAGUAGCAUCUGGUAGUUAUGAUAAGUCAAUCCGUUUAUGGGAUGCUAAGACAGGAUAAUAAAAAGCCAAAUUAGUUGGUCAUUCUAGAACAGUUUAUUCAGUCAAUUUCUCUCCUGAUAGCAUUACAUUAGCAUCAGGUAGUGGAGAUAAGUCUAUCCGUUUAUGGGAUGUUAAGACGGGAUAAUAUAAAGCCAAAUAAGAUGGUCAUUCUAAUACUGUUACAUCAGUAAAUUUUUCUCCUGAUGGCGCUAUAUUAGCAUCUGGUAGUAAUGAUAAGUCUAUCCGUUUAUGGGAUGUUAAGACAGGAUAAUAAAAAGCCAAAUUACAUGGUCAUUCUAAUACUGUUACAUCAGUCAAUUUUUCUUCUGAUGGCACUACAUUAGCAUCUGGUAGUUAUGAUGACUCUAUCCGUUUAUGGGAUGUUAUAUCAGGAUAACAAAAAGCCAAGUUAGAUUGUUAUUCUGGAAUAGUUAUUACAGUCAAUUUCUCUCCUGAUGGUACUACAAUAGCAUCUGAUAGUUCAGACUAUUCUAUCCGUUUAUGGGAUGUUAAGACGGGAUAAUAAAAAGCCAAAUUAGUUGGUCAUUCUGGAAUAGUUAAUACAGUCAAUUUCUCUCCUGAUGGUACUACAUUAGCAUCUGGUAGCUCAGAUUAUUCUAUCCGUUUAUGGGAUGUUAAGACAAAAUAAUAAAAAGCCAUAUUAGAUGGUCAUUCAGAUCAUGUUAAAACAAUCAAUUUCUCUCCUGACGGCACUAUAUUAGCAUCUGGUAGUUUUGAUAACUCUAUCCGUUUAUGGGAUGUUAAGACAGGAUAAUAAAACGAUAAAUUAGAAGGUUUUCCUGGUUAUUUUAUGUCAGUCAAUUUCUCUCCUGAUGGCACUACAUUAGCAUCUGGUAGCGAAGAUAUGUCUAUCUGUUUAUGGGAUGUUAAGACAGGAUAAUAAAAAGCCAAAUUAUAUGGUCAUUCUAAUACUGUUACAUCAGUCAAUUUUUCUCCUGAUGGCACUAAAUUAGCAUCUGGUAGUUAUGAUAACUCUAUCCGUGUAUGGGAUGUUAAGAAAGGAUAAUUAAUCUUAUCUUCAGAUAAAUAAUUUUUAGACAUUCUAGCAUAAUUUUAACCUCCAACUUUUAAAAGCAAUAUUCUCCUAGAAAGUGGUAUAUUAUUAAUUAUUAUUUAGUUACAGUUCCUAUCACUUCACUUCUGAUAUCACAACAGCUAUUAUUUUAAUCUUAAGGAGCUCUAAUUUUUAAAGGUGAAUUUUUAAAUUACCAAGGUGUAGACCUAAAAUCAUUAUUCAAAUCAAAAGGAAGUUACAUUUUGGAAAACUAAAUUUUAUUAUAAAAACAAUGA